UGCCCACACUGGGAGGGGGGCUGGGAAGAGCUGGGUUAUUUUUACCGUCGUCGUCUGUUAAGUUCGCACGGCCAGAGUUCUCACGCUGUUUGGACCGCACGGACCUUGGACAUUUCAACAGGACGGAGGCCGGGAGGGGGGGUGUUCCUUGCUGGGGUGGGGAGGAAGGCCGGUUACUCCAUCACUCUCUUCUCUGGGGCCCACUUGGAGCAGUGCGUGAAGCGGCAUCUCAGACACCCAGAGCAGCCCCAACCCUGCAGUUGAAACUUCGCAUACUGCCAAUGGCACUGCUCCUCUACUUGCUUCUUUGGGUUCAGGUAGCUGAUGCUCAAGGCCCAGAAGAGCCUGACCUGCUGUACCAUGGCUGCUCAGAGGGGAGCUGCUACCCAGCCACAGGGAACCUGCUCAUCGGAAGGUCCCACAGCCUAAGUGCUACGUCCACUUGUGGCUUGGAGGAACACCAAGAAUACUGCAUCGUAAGCCAUCUGCAGGACUCGGAGAAGUGCUUCACUUGUGACUCUCGUUCCCCGUCCCUGCGAGAGAGCCACCGCAUAGAGAACGUCAUCUACCUGAGUGGCCAGGAUGGUGAGCAGACCUGGUGGCAGUCUGAGAAUGGUGUGGAAGAAGUCAGCAUCCGCCUGGACCUGGAAGCUGAGUUCCAUUUCACUCACCUCAUAAUGAAAUUUAAGACAUUCCGCCCAGCAGCCAUGUUGAUCGAACGUUCGUCAGAUUUCGGGCACACCUGGAAGGUUUACCGCUAUUUUGCCUUCAAUUGCUCCAAACUGUUCCCUGGAGUCCCCACGCAGAUCCCAACACAUGUCAACCAGGCAGUCUGUGACCAGCGAUACUCUGAGAUUGAGCCCUCUAGCCAUGGUGAGGUGAUUUUCAAAGUUCUGGACCCAGCUGUAAAAGUAGAGGAUCCUUACAGCCGAGAAAUCCAAGAUCUAUUACGAGUCACUAACCUACGGGUGAACUUCACCAAACUUCACACUCUGGGCGACAACCUGCUGGACUCCCGGCAUCAGGUGCUGCAGAAAUACUACUAUGCUGUAUACGAGAUGGUGCUGCGUGGGAGCUGCUUCUGCUACGGGCAUGCCUCAGAGUGUGCCCCUCUGGCUGGAGUGUCGAGCAGAGUCGAGGGCAUGAUCCAUGGACGGUGCGUGUGCAAACAUCACACCAAGGGCCUCAACUGUGAGCUCUGCAAGGACUUCUACCAGGAGUUGCCAUGGAGACCAGCUGAGGCCUACAAUCCGCAUGCCUGCCAGGAGUGUAACUGCAACGAACACUCGCACAAGUGUCACUUCGACAUGGCUGUGUACCUGGCCACAGGCAACACCAGUGGCGGAGUCUGCAACGAUUGUCAACACAACACCAUGGGCCGCCAUUGCCAGAUCUGCAAGCCCUUCUACUAUCGGAACCCUCUGGCGGACAUUCGGGCCAGCUCUGCUUGCAUCCCUUGUGACUGUGACCCAGUGGGCUCGUUAGAUGGUGGCGUGUGUGACAGUCACACCGACGCAAUGCUGGGCAUGAUAGCUGGGCAGUGCCGUUGCAAAGAGAACGUCAAGGGGAUGCGCUGUGACAGCUGCAAGGAAGCCUUUUAUGGACUGAGCCGCAAUGACCCUCAGGGAUGCCAGCCCUGCAGGUGUGACCCUCGAGGAAUCAUCGCAGGCAGCAGCCCAUGUGACCACAUCAGCGGUGACUGCUACUGCAAGCGUUUCGUGACUGGGCGAUAUUGCAACCAGUGUUUGCCUGAAUACUGGGGGCUGAGUUAUGACAUGGCUGGAUGCCGAAGCUGCGCUUGUGAUUUUGGAGGUGCCUACAGCAACAGGUGCUCCACGGAUGACGGGCAGUGCCCUUGUCGUGCCAAUCUCAUGGGCCGCCAGUGCAGCGAAGUGCAGCCUGGGUUUUUUUGCAUGCCCCUGGACUACUAUAUGUAUGAGGCAGAGCAUGCCAUGGGCCACCCACCAACUCAUCAUGGGCUGCCGGGCGCACUGCGCCCGGAGGCUCCUGUCGACUGUGUGGAAUAUUACAACGGGGUCCAGAACGGGCGCAAAGUGAGGCUGCGGCGCCAGCACAGCACAGCAAGGCUCCUGCAGCAGAGAGCAGCUCUCCGGCGAGCCCGGCAGCUCCAGCAAAAGCCCGACGUGGAAGUUGUGCAGCGUGAACACACUGGUCAUAUGAUUACAUGGACUGGCCCAGGAUUUGCUCGGGUCCGAGAUGGAGCUGGCUUAUCCUUCCAGAUCGACAACAUUCCCUACGCCAUGGAGUAUGACAUUCUGUUGCGCUACGAGCCAGAGUCUACAGAGGAUUGGGAGGCUGUCGUCAGUGUCAGCUCACAAGCUUUACCCAUGAGCCCUCGCUGCGGCAAUGUGCUGCCUUCGGAGCAGAAAUACCAGGAAAGCCUGCCUCAUAGUUCCAGGUAUGUUCUCCUUCCACGGCCUUUCUGCUUCGAGCCCCGGAACCGUUACGAGAUCAUUGUGCGCUUCCAGAGAGCAGGCGUGACACAGCGGUAUCCUGCAGCCUUCAUCCUUGUUGACUCGCUGGUUCUGUUGCCACGUGUGAUGGAGCUGCCCGGUCUCGACGGGAAUGAUCCAGUUUCUGUGGAGCGUCGGGAGGAGUUGGAGCGCUACACGUGCCUCGAGGUGUUUCGCAUGGCCACCAUGCCUGACCUGGCUGAGAUGUGUGCACGUCUGCUCUGCAGCAUCUCUGCCCUGAUGCAUGAUGGGGCACUGCCCUGCCAGUGUGACCCGCAAGGCUCCACCAGCAGUGUCUGCCACAAACUAGGUGGACAGUGUCAGUGUAAACCCAAUGUGGUGGGUCGCCGCUGUGACCAGUGUGCCCCAGGCACCUAUGGAUUCGGACCAUAUGGCUGCAUUCCCUGUGCCUGUUCCCUGGAGGGCUCUGUCUCCAAGAUCUGUGAACCAGUCAGCGGGCAGUGCCAGUGCCAGCAUGGGACCGUGGGACGGCAGUGUGACCAGUGCCCACCAGGCCAGUGGGGCUUCCCAAGCUGCCGCCCUUGUCACUGCAACGGCCACUCGGAGGAAUGCGAUUCGCACACCGGCACCUGCCACCAGUGCCGUGAUUACACAGCCGGCCGUCACUGUGAGAGGUGCUUGGAUGGUUACUACGGAGACCCGAUCUUGGGCUCAGGGCAGCAAUGUCGGCCCUGCCCAUGUCCUGGGUAUCCGGGCUCUCGGCAUUAUCACGGCAUCUCCUGUCACACCGACAGGGAGACCAACCAAAUAGUGUGCCUGUGUGCUCCAGGCUAUACAGGGCCCCGUUGUGACAGCUGCGCACCUGGAUAUUUCGGAGCGCCCGAGCAGGAGAGCGGAGCCUGCCGCCCCUGUCAGUGCAACAACAACAUUGACACCAGCGACCCUGAGGCCUGCGACCCGCACACUGGCCAAUGCCUGCGCUGCCUCUAUCAUACCGGGGGACCCCACUGCGCCGAAUGUCAGCCUGGUUACUACGGCAACGCUUUUCAGCGUAACUGCCGACGGUGUACCUGUAAUGAGCAGGGAACCCUCCCCUCUCAUUGCCCCGAGGGUAUCUGCCACUGUGACCGGAUGACAGGCAGCUGCCCCUGCCGUGCCAACGUGGUGGACAAGAACUGCGACAAAUGUGCCGCCAACUUCUGGGGCUUCGGCAGUGAGCUGGGGUGCCAGCCGUGCAACUGUGACCCUGCCCAUUCGUUAAGGUCAGACUGCAACUUGUUCACAGGGCAGUGCCACUGCCAGCCGGGCUUCGGGGGGCGUGUUUGCUCCCACUGCCAAGAGAACCACUGGGGUGACCCGGAACAGGAGUGUCUGGCCUGCGAGUGCAACCCAACAGGAUCCGAGAGCCUGCAGUGUGACCAUCUCAGAGGACACUGCCGGUGCCGGGAGGGCUUUACCGGGCGGCGCUGUGACCAAUGCCAGAGGGGCUUCCGGCAGAACUUUCCCCGCUGCUCUGCCUGCCACCCUUGCUUUGGCCUGUGGGAUGAAGUGCUGAGGAAGCUCUGGGCACAGGUGGGACGUCUGCAAGAGACAGUCCAAGCCCUGAAGGAAGGCGGCCCCAUAACCGAGGCCAGCAACAGCCGGAUACGCAGCCUGGAGAGGAGCCUGGAUCAAGCCCAAGAGCUUCUUGGGGAUGGGAGCAGCCCGAGCAGCUCCCUGCUGCCACACCUCAGCUCCCUCCUGGCACAGCUCAGGGCCGACAUGGAUGACCUGUGGCAACAGCUGCAGACCACCGAUUCACACCUCGGGGGCACUGAGCAGGACGCCGCAGGACAGAGGAGCCGCCUGAAUGCUCUGAACCGUGAGCUAGGCAUGCUCAACCGCACUGUCGGCCACCUCCGCAACCAGCUGGACACCAUAGCAGGCGCCAACUUUAAUGAGUCUUUCCAUAGCAUCGUGGGGUAUUUCCAGAUGUCGGAGCAGGCACAGCUGCAAGCAGAGGCCUCCGUCCAAGGGGCGCAGAGCCCCGUGGGCCAAUCUAAACACACCCACCAGUCCACAGUUGAAUUGCUAAAGCUCAGGGGAAACACCUUUCGGAGGACUGCAGCGGCUCACCGGAAAUCACUUCGUGACCUCAAGAAAAACGUCAGCAGCCUCCACCUCCACAGGAUCAACCAGAAGAUCUGUGGCGGUUCUGGAGAAGAGGACUGUCAGCGGGCCCCCUGCGGAGGGGCCAACUGCAAGGACAGCUCGGGCCAGCCGCACUGCGGAGGCCCUGGCUGCACUGGAGCCCUGCCUGUGUCCAUGAGAGCCCUGAAUACAGCCCAGAACAUCUCCCGCCAGCUGGAGGCCACCAACAGGCAACUGGGCACCAUCGCUAGCAAGGUGCAAGAAAUCCAGGACCUGGCACGGGACACCAGGAACCGGGCGCAGGAGACUCUGGACCGUGCUCAGGUGGCCCGGAGCCGCACGGAGAAUUCUACAGCUAGGCUCAGGGAAUUCAUCCAGAAGAUAAAGGACUUCCUAGCAGAGGAAGGGGCUGAUCCAGAAAGCAUUGAGCUCGUGGCCCAGCAGGUACUGGACAUCUCCCUGCCCAUCAGCCCUACUGAGAUUGGCAGCCUGCUUCAGGAGAUCCGAAACACCAUCAGCCAGCUCGACGGAGUGGAUGUUAUCUUGAACAGCACCGUGGGUGAUUUGGCCCGUGCCAGGGAUCUACUGGCAGAAGCAGAACAGGCCAAGGAACGUGCAGAGGGCGUACAGGCUACAAUCACAGAUACACGUGCAGCACUGAAUGAUGCAAAGCACAAAGUGAGGGCAGCCGAUCGAGCAAUGGACAGCACCAGGGAGGUUAUCCGAAACGUGGAGGGCAGAGUUGCAGAGGCUGAGCAGAAGCUCCAGGCGGUGGUCAGCAAGGCGUCACAACUGGAAAGUCGCCUUGGAGAGCUGGCACAGGAUGUGGCCACCUUACAGGAGAAAUCGCAGAGCAAUCAGCGGCUGGCCCAGCAGGCAAAAGGAAAAGCUGAACGUGCCACUGCUGUUGCAGGCCGGCUGUCAAAGGAGGUGGAGAAAGUGAUGCAAAAAUACCAAGAGCUGCAGAAGCAACUGGAAGGCCAGCCUGGGGGAGGGGACUCGCUGCAGAGGCUGAUGAGCCUGAAGAUGGAAGCACAGAAGCUCCUGGACAAGGCCAACAGCAGCAAGAGGAAGGUGGAGGAGUUAGAAGAACGCUUCGAGGCCAAUGAGAAAGAGAUGCAAGCAAAAGCGACAAAGCUGCAGACUCUGGAGAAGAAAGUGACGGAACUGCUGAACUACAUCCGGGAGAAAGCCACUGCCUACGCUACCUGCUAGGGCCCAUGUUUCUGUCAUCGACGCCUCAGGCCUGGCAUCUGCCCGCUCCAGGCACCACCACCUCGUUGGGCGGUCCUCCAUAUGAGUUAGAGUCCGGUCCCUCUCUGAUGCCUCGUCUGCUGUUGCAGGGCCUUCCUGUAAAAUCCGUUCAUUUCACCUUUCCGUGCACUGCGCCAGGUAGGCCCAAACAGAGCCAGGGACCUAGCAAAACAAUUCUAGUGGCAGAAUCUCAUAUUGAGGCAAUUAUGUUGUGUUGAGUCCAUGUUAUACCCUAGGCCUCAGGGUGGGGUGACUGUAAGGAUCUAUAAACCUACCACUAUUUUCCAGAGAGAUGGAACAUAUCCACCCCUCGCUCUGUCCAAGAAGCAAUUCCCCUCAACUCUUCCAGCCUUCCUUGGGUUCUUUUUUUUUUUGCCCUUGCUGAGGAAACAAAGCGCUUCUCAGCCGCCCGGGCCCUUUGGCCUGUGAUCUCAGGCUGUGAAAAGGGCGAGUGGGUGCUGCAAAAACAACAUUUCAGCUGUGCCAGCUGUUUCUGGGGAGUUGGCUGCUGCCUUCCAGUUGCCAUCUGUCUACUUUGGCCUUGGGGGGAGGUGGGGGUAAUGAGUUUGAAUAGAAUCCCGAGUUGUUCUUAGGCUUACAACCCCAUGACUGUCCCGAUUGUUGGUAACUAGUAGAUGAAGACACAAACGUCCUCCCUCAAAAAAAGAGUGAACAAAAGCCAUUCCCACCUGCCUAUCUCUGUUUCCUCCAGAGUAGCAAGGUGCCUUCUCCGGCGCUACACCCAAGGAUUUGGAGCGUAUUCCACUUCUUUUCCUCUGUCCCUACUUGCUGUGGUGUUUCAUCAGCUCAGACAACCUUCAAAAAUGUGGGUAUGUCUGUGAACAGCUAUUAAUCACAACAGUUUGUUAUUACCUGUUCUGGCCAGCAGGCAAAGGUCUUCCUUCUCACCUUCUGCUCCACCUGCAUGGCAUGUUUUCCUCACUUACUACGGCUGCCUUGAUCACUUGUAAAUAGAAUAGAAGGGGCCGUGACUCGGUGGUGGUGCAUCUGUUUGGCAUGCAGAGUGUCCCAGGUGCCAUCUUCCAUUAAAAGGAUCAGGUCAAAGGUUAUGUGGAAGACCUCUGCCUGAAUCCUGGGACAGCCACUGACAGUCUGAGGAGGUGGUGCUGAUCUUGAUAGAUGGGUGGUCAGAUUCGGUAUGAGGCCGCCUCAUGUGUCCACUCACUUGCCAGGAGGCAGGCCGCGGGGUGGCUGGUGUUUCAGAAGCACUCCGCCACAAGGCUGUUGCCCAGCUCUUUAUUCCCAAUCUGACAAAUCCACAUCUGUUUACAAGUGGCCAUGUAUUUUCCUGCAAACAAAAUUGUACCUGUCAACCCGCUCCCUCAACACACUUCUAGUAUGUCCUGAGUUGGAUCCUGCCAGCAUUUUUGCUUAAUCUCACCUACUUCCCCUUCUUACGGACCCCCUGACCCAUGUAGUUUUUAUCCAUGCAGGUUCCAUGACCCCCAAUAGAACCUUUUUUGGUGCUCAAAGGGGAUCCCCCCCUUUCCUUUUCUUUUCACCAGUUGAAAAGCUGGUUUAAUCAUUCUUCCUACAUUAGAUGAGUGGCAUAAUGUGCCCCUUUCAUCCCAUUGGUCAAAUGAACAUUUGGGAAGUGCCAUUACGGUAGGGGUGGAUUCAGGUGCCCACAGCAAUCUUCACUUCUCAAUUGAUGUCUCUCAGGGUGACCCCCCCCCCUCCUUUUUUUUUGCUAGAAAUAAAAGUCUUUGACUCUU